AUGUUCGUUUCGCACCAGUGGCUGAGUGACACACACCCCGAUCCACACUUCCAGCAGCUGCGAACCUUGCAAGAUGCGCUGAAGAACAUGGUGGCCGGAACCAGUAAGGUGAGUCUACCUGUGCUCUCAGAGAUGCUAAGUGGCCGCCGAAGGUGCCCUACUGCCAGUGAUUUCGCAUCCGGUCUUCAUGUCUGGUAUGACUACUUCAGCAUCCCGCAGAGCGCUGAUGGCCAGGCAUCUUUGGUCCGCCAGAAUGCCAUUCAGAGCAUUCCCUCGUACGUGGCAAGGUGCGAGUUCUUUAUCGUGCUGUGCCCGGCAUUCCGGCACAGAGACCAGGAGCGCACACUGAGCCAUGCAACCUGGGGUGAACGAGGGUGGUGUCGCACAGAGAGAGCUGCACGUGAACUUUCGACUCGCAGUGGUGGCGGUGGCUGCGUCAUCGUUAUAGAGAGCGCGACGCACCAGACAGUUUGGUGGAGAGGAAACAGGAUGAGCGAUGCACCUGGUGAAGGAGAGUUUACAUUGGAUGUUGACAGAGUGGGGAUUGGCAGUAUGAUCACCCAGAUGGUUUGGUCGAAGCUUUUGCAUUUCCUUGAACAACGAGAUUAUCACAACUACCGGUUCCUUCUCAACUCGCAUGCUGCGCGGUAUUUUCGAGCUCUUGACGUGGAGCCCAUUGACGGCCUUAUCCCGGGAUUCCGGACUCGGAUUGACCCGAGUGUUGACGACAAGGGCUUCAUGCUGGAGCGUUUCCUACAUCAGAAUGGCUUCAGGAGCAUCUUCGAGCGCGAUUCUGAAGGAUGGCCACCAGUUUGCUUCGCAGCAAUGAGCAACAACCUCGUGGUGCUGCAAGCGCUUCUUGACCGAAGAGUGGAUGUAAACCAGUCCACGAGCAAGCCCAAGGCAGACAUCGGCUUGCCCGCCAAAGUCACGGCUAUGGGAAUGGCUUCCCUCUUACGCAACAACGAAGCUGUUGAGCUGCUCCUGUCCGCCAGAGCCGAGGUGAACCCCAAGUUUGUUGGUGGUGGCACUACCCUCCAUCUGGCAUGUGCCGGGGACAAUGCGCUUGGAGUUCGUCUGCUGUGUCAUGCUCGAGCCGAUAUCAAUCAGCAAGCAAUACCGGGACUGAACCCUUUCAUGGUCGCUUGUGCAUGCGGAAGCGGGCGCGCCAUAAAGGAGAUGCUCGCUCUGAAUCCGCAUGUGAGCUUGCGGCACUCUCUACACAUCGCACUCAUGUGCGCUGGAGGCGGCUCUGCCGACUCCGUGCCGCUCUUGCUGGAGGCUCGAGCGGAUAUGAACGAACAGUUCCGAGUACAGAUCCGGGAGCCAGGUUGGUGGCUUCUAAUGAACGUCAUGGGCGUGAGGCAUCGGCUAAGCCCGUCCCGACUGACGUUGCUGGCAUAUCAUCAUUACGAUGCUACGCCGCUGAUGUUCGGCAUUCUGAGUGGUUGCCUGGAUUCCGUGUCCUCUCUGCUCUCAGCCGGAGCCAGAGUAGAUAUCCGCAACUACCGCAACAGAAUCGCAUCCGAUCUGGCACAUGAGAUGCUCGCGCCACCGUGGUUGAUAGAGGCUUGCUCGAUUGAGAGCUCUGAGAGCGAUACCUUCUUCAUUUGA